UGAUGUAGCAGAGCCCCUCACAUAACAGUAUAGAAGUAUUAAUGAAAUAUAUUUAUCGUGUGGGGAUUCUUUUGGCUGUUCCAUAAUGACAACAAGGUGCUCUCUUCCGUGAUUGAUGGAUGACCUCAUUUGAAAUGCACAAUCAUGGACAUUUGUGUUCGGUGGCUGGUUCUUCUGUUGUGCAGCACUCAAGUUUCCACUCUUUUAAAGCUGUCGCCUCUCAGCUUGACUGUCCUUAGAGGGGAUGAGGCCCGCUUCACCUGCAGUAUCCAGAGUGCAGGGUGGGCUCUUAUGCUGUGGGAGCUUAACAGCACAGUCGUGGUCACCAUUUCCAGAGUUCACGGCGUACUUUCCUCCCUCAUUCCCAAUGUGACGGCAGUGGAAAGUCAGAAUGGAGAUGGUUGGGUGUUGGUUCUCAAAAGUGUGGAGAGGCUCCAUGAGGGACAAGUGAGUUGUAACCUCGAGGGCAAUGACAAGAAAACAGCAAGCCUCAUUGUUCAAGAAAAAGGUACUGUGGAAAUUUUUGGAGGCAAUACAAUCACUUUAAAAGGCCAGUUGGUCCAAUUUCAGUGUGACGCUGUGGGAUGGCACCCUGAACCUUCUUUGCAUUGGGAAGUCAAUGGGAAAAAGUUGAGCCAGAGUGAAUACAACCUCAGCAGUGAAGAGACGGGAAAGAGCCUCUUCACUGUGAGCAGCAACCUCAGCAUGACUGCGACAAAAACCUCACGUGUUGACUGUCUGGCCUCAGUGACCGCCGUCUCAACGCCACUGAUGAGCGGAAUCCGUCUGACCGUGGUUGCAGAGGUGGUGCAGGAUGAAAAUGACGACUGCACAGUCCCAUUGGCAGUAACUUCCUCCCUCACUGCCCUUCUUCUCCUCCUGCUCUGCAUCUGCAUUGUCUUCUGGUACAAAGAAAGGAGACAAGCAAAGAGAAACACACAAGAUGCGAUAAGGUGUGAGGGCGUGAACAAUGGACAAACUUUGCCUGUUGAGUCUACAGGUGGCAGGGUCAACUUGGGAUACAUGAGUGAGGAUGCAACAGAUGCAGUUUACAAAGAACUAAUCAAAGGAAUGCAUAGCAAGAUGGAUUUUGUCAGCAUUGAGAAGGUCCCUGAUGUUGUAACAUCUAGCAGCCUGUCUUUACAUAGUGACCAUCACAGCCAAGUCGACCUUUCGGAGGGCAACUCUAAGAACAUCCGGAGAGUUACGACAGUUUGAAUACAUUUAAUGUGGGUGAAAUGUAUUCUCACCAAACCUUUUGUAAAUUCACUUUCUCAGUGGAAAGGUAUUACAAUACAGACAAACUUCUAAAGGUGAAAACAAUUUGUUUCAGUAUGCUGGUUGACAACUAUUUAGUAUAUUAUUCAGGACAAGGAAUAACAACAAAAAAACUGUUCUGUUCUUGCGAAUGGUUUAAGUACCAUUUGACUUUGAGUAGAAAGUCCAGAAAUAAGUUAACCGUUGCUGUAAAAUAUAGAAACAAUCUAAUGUGAGAAUAAUGACAUCAGUGUUUCUGCUUGUGAGUCAAUUCUUAGUAAAUGCAGCUGAUUUUGCAGUGUUCGUUGCUUUAUUCUUGUUUUGUUGUUUUUACUAAUUUAGCCAGGACAUAAGUUUGUAUUAGAGUAGCAUUUUUGUUCAAAUUUUGAAUUGUACAACCAAAUGUUCAUGAGGAUAGACUGUAAAUGCUUGUAUUACACAAAAAUCAUCCCAACAAUUUUAAUAGACAUUACAUAAAUUAUGUGCCAAUUGUCUCAACGUAUUCUGAUAUUAGUGAGGAAAAACGAUAAACAUGUACCGUAUUUUUCGGACUAUAAGCUACUAGUUUUUGCACAAGCUUUGAACCCUGGGGUUUAUGGAUUCUCCCUGAUUUUCACGAUAUAAUAUUUGCAUACUCUCUUAUAUGUGUCAAGUCAAGAGUAUUUGUAUAGCCCUAAAUCACAAGCAGUCUCAAAGGGCUUCACAUAGACAAAAAUUGACAAUUAUUCUCACUGCAUCCCCUGAUCUUAAGCUCUCAAAAGGGCAAGGAAAAACUCAAAAAAACCCUACCAGGGGAAAAUGAGAAACCUUGAGAAGGGACCACAGAUGGAAGGAUCCCCCUUUCAGGAUCACCAGGCUGCAAUGGAUGCAGAGGAAAUUAAACAUUAACACAUCUAUGGUGUUAAUAGAUUUUCAUGAUAUAGUAUUUGCAUAUUCUCUUAUAUGUGGAAAUUAAACAUUAACACACCUGCGGCUUAUAGUCCAGUGCGGUUUAUAUCCUAUAUGAACAAAACAGGAUUUCUCCCUAAUAUUAGCUGGUGCGGCUUAUAUUCGGGUGAGGGUUACAGUCCAGAAAUUAGGGUAGUUUGUAAAAUUUUGCAUUUUCUUCUUCCGCAGGCUCAGUAAAUUCUCUGUAAUUAGUGUAACAAAAUCCUCUUUUUAGCCACACAUUGCUUCCUGGCUGAAGGCCUAAUAUUGCUGCAAAUGUGUGCAUUUGGAGCCCCUCCUUUGUUUCCUGUCUUCACUUGCUCAAUAAUUGGCUUCUAAGAAUAUCACUGAGCCACUGCAAGGGGGGAACCUCUACUGCACAUUGAUUGAUACCCUGAUGGAGGCAAGGAUGUCUCUCUGUGCUACUCUUAGGUUGGAUUGAUUAUAUGCAUGCUGAGGCAGACAAAGACACAUUUCAGCAAUUGAACUGGAAGUCUCAUCAUCAUCAUUUAAUCCAAAGAGGAAAACCCUUUGUAGUGUUUUCAGGACAACCAUGAUCAUGUAUGUGCUUCUCGCUCUUUUAUGUCUCCAACUCAAUGUUCAAGUCACGGAGGACUUGAGGAGAAGCUGUCAGCAAAGUGCAAAUGAACACAGUAUGAUUGUUUGAGCGGUGGCAGGGUCGUGAGUAUCUCUGUAGUGAUGCGCGCAACAACAGAUUUAUCUCCACAUGAAGAAGAGGGCGACAUAACAUUUGCAUUCCAUAAUGGCAAAGGACGAAGAGCGGAAUAUUGGUCGUGAAAGACGAUGAAUAGUUUCAUCGGGCGAAAUGGCA